AUGGCGGCACCUUCAUCUAAUGCUGUGAAGCAUGCCUUUGAUAGGGCGAUCGAGAAGUUCAAAAAAGACCUCGAGAACCCCGACCUCUAUCAGCAGAUUCUUCAGACAACCAGCAUAGACCAGGUCUACGAUGCCACCGAUCAGCUACAGAAGGAGCAGAGCAAGACCGGAAGCCUCCGGCACCUGUCCAAAAUUGGGCCAUUCUUAGGCAGGCUCAAAGAGUACGCCGAUGCGGUGGACACUUUUGUGCAGGCAAAGCCCGACAUCCUCGCCUUAAUCUGGGGUCCGAUAAAGCUCCUCCUGCAAUGGGCGAAUGUCUUGAAGCAGUCAUUCGAUGCAAUUUCGGACACUCUUGAGGAGGUCGGGUCUCUGAUGCCCGAAUUUUGCGAGGUCACGAAGAUAUUCACCGACAGCGUUCCCCUGCAAGAGAUACUCGUUCUCUUUUUCCGAGACAUGCUCGACUUGUACAUGAUUGCCAUCAAGUUCUUUAGCUUGACCCGGCUCAAGUUCCUUUUUGAGGCGCUUUGGCCAAGGCGACGAGACGAGAUAAAAUUGGUCACAACACACAUUGCCCGACGACGCGAGUUGAUGCGGACCGAAGUUCGCCUUGAAGAGAUUCGUGCCGCUGACGAGGCCAGACGGCGAGAACUCGAGCACUUCGCCAAGGUUGAGGAAGCUGCCAUCAAGCAGGAAUACUCUAAUCUCCGUGCCCAGGUUUCUCCCAAGACUUACGAUCAUGAGCUGUACCUGCACCAUGGAGCUGUCUGCGAGGGGACUGGAAAGUGGCUCUUUCGCGACCCGUCGUUCGAAGACUGGGUAGACCAUUCCAAGGAAACAACCCGGAUCCUCUGGCUCAAGGGGAUCCCAGGAGCCGGCAAAACACUCCUUGCAAGCAGUGUGAUUAGACACACCCAACCCCUCAGCCAGACACUCUUCGCUUUCCUCACCUACAAGGAUACCAGCACAACUGCUUUGUCCAUCUUCCACUCCUUGGUCUUUCAGCUCGCCUCGGAUUCUCUCGCCCUGCAGACGAAGCUGCAUCAAUCUAGCCACAAAAACCUCAGAAACAGCCUCGAGGAGGCGGUUGAUCUUCUUCAGUCACUGAUCGAAUGCGCAGGCGAGGUCUACGUGGUUAUCGAUGGCAUCGACGAAGUCGACCUAGCUGAACGCUCGAGACUCUUGAAAGAAUUCCUUAAGCUGGGAGACGCAUGCAAGAAGUGUCGAAUUCUUCUUAGUAGUCGCUCUGAGGACGACAUCAGUACCGCCUUGCGAGGAAAGGUGGUGGAUAUCAAGGUGGACCAGCGAAAUGCUGGGAGUAUUCAGACAUUCGUGAAUCACCAGAUGAAGGCUUGGUUUGAUAAAAGAGGCUUCGACCCGGAGGUCCGUCACGAAAUUGAGGGCUGGGCUGCACCAUUGGCGUCCAACGCAAAAGGUGUAAGGAUUCAUUCAAUUUUCAACUCUUCCCCUUUGCCUGACCCUUGUAAUAGUUACGAAAGAAUCCUCCAAAGAAUAGAGACAUCGACUGACAGGGCCUUCCAUCACAAUGCUCGUAUGAUCAUAGGCUGGGUUAGUUGUGCACCUUCACCCAUGACCAGGCAUGAGUUAGAACAAACGUUGGUACUCAAUCCGGGUCAACUUGAUCAAGAGCCCAGAGUCAACUCAGUGCUCAAUGUGGUCGAAUUUUGCGGUCCAAUUGUGGAAGUGAUUGAUGACUAUGUGCAAUUUGUUCACUUCACCGUCAAGGAGUACAUUGUUUUCAAAGAACAAAUUGACGGCACCAUCUCACUACCAGGCAUGACCCUUAGCCUUGCUAUACGCUGUAUCUGCUACCUCUGCCAGGAUCAUCACGAUUUGGAAUCCAUUGAGGAAGAAGAGAUGGAAGACUACAUACUUUCGGGAGCUUAUCGACUUCACAAUUUCGCAUCUACGUACUGGUGGAGACUUAUCAAACAAUAUCUGGCUCUAUCUAAGUCGACCUCAAUCCCCGAAAGCCUGAUAGACCUGCUGCAACAACUUCGCGACACAAGAUUAGCUGAAGGCUACCAACAGAGUGAUCCAGAAGUGGACAUGGACUUGAACACGAAUGAGGUCAUUCUAGCAUUGGAGCCCACACAGCCUGACCUGGCAGAAAUGCUUCGGAAUGUCUUUCAAUUCCAGAGGGAUUGCUCAAAAGCUGACUAUAGUCUCAAAAGUUCUGAACGAUGGAUUCAUCUUGACCCACUCACCAUCUCUCGAGUAUCGAUCGAAUUACGCCAGCGAUUCAACACCAGUCUCUACGAAACAAAGCACAAGAGGCAAAUCAUCGCGCACCAUUAUGGAGCCAAUAUCUUCAAAUGUGGAUUUCUGUGCUGCCGGUUCCACCGUCGUGGUUUUGACGUCGAAUCCGAUCGCCGAUCCCAUGAAAACAAUCACGACAAGCCAUGGAAAUGUGACGUUCCUGGUUGUGAGUAUGCGGAAAUUGGAUUCAUCUCGAGACGAAUGGCCGAGCACCAUCUACAAAGUAGUCACUCGAUGAACAAACAUUCAAAGCUAGCCGAAUUUGACAAGUCCAACGUGGACGAGAUUCAGCCGCUUCUGUUCGACCUAGUUGCAGCCAACAAAUUUGAGGCCGUGAAAGCCCUUUCGCCCUACAUAGAGAAACUCACCAAUUCAGUACGAAAGGAACUCGCAAUCUCUGCCGCUUCAAUGGGAUCUCUUCCUUUGUUGCAGUUGUUUUUCACACCAGAGAUUUUGUCCAAAGAGCUUUGCAUCAGGGCCAUAAAAAGUGGCAAUGUCUCCUUAUCAGAGAUUCUACUCACCGAUAUACAAAAAUGGCAAAAGGCGGUUUUUGACCGUUUUAGGUAUAAAAGCACGUACGACACUGGCGCUGCGGAGGUGUUUGGUAGCAUAUUUGCCGCUGUGAUCGAAUCAGAUUCACACAAGAUCCAUGGGUUUUGGAAUCCAGUUCUCAAUUCUGUUUUUGACACACCCGAGCUUCUGAAAGUGGCAUGCCAGGGUUCCGUGUCGGAGCAUGUCAUAGGGGCAACUAAAAAUGACGCGAGCAGAGAACAGUUUCUCAUUACAUUUUGGGAAAAGCACAAUGCUCUGGGACGUAUGAGCAACAGUCGAAGGCGAGAUUCACUGGACCAUGUUGCUUCAACCACAUGCUCAAUCAACUUGGCGCGAUAUCUCUUGGAGCAUGGCUGCGAGGUGGACGGGAGGCGGGGUCCGAGUUUUUUGACUCCUUUGCAUCGAGCGGCCCAGCAUAACACGGCACAAGCAGCUCAUUUUAUGGAAUUCCUGAUGAUGGAGGGUGCAGAUCCAAAUGCAAAGACUAGGACCAAAUAUCUCCGAAAUGAGAAGGGAGCAGUGAGAAUAUCAGCCUGGCUUGGUGUUUCGUGGGAUGAUCUGGUUGAAAAAGUAACAAAGGAACGCCAACGGCAAGGGAAAGGAACUGAUGAAAAGCGUGGUACCACGACUAGUCCGAUGUAA